AUGCUAUUCUCACUUUUUAUGUUUGACUCAAUUAACAAAUUCAUUUGGACUUGCAGUUAUAUUUAUUCGGGACAAAUCUCUCUCGAACAAGAACACCCGAAAACUGUUUUGGAUUUAUUGUCAGCCGCUGAUGAAUUAAUCAUUCCCGAAUUAAUUAAUUAUGUACAAGUUUAUCUUCUUGAAAAUCAUAUUGAAUGGAUUAGAAAAUAUCCUCUUCAGAUUCUGCAUCAUACAGCAUUUCGUCUUGAGACUUGUAAAAAAUUACAAGAUGUUUGCUUAAAAGUAAUUUGUACGAAUCCGGAAUUAAUUUUUGGCACAAUGGAGUUCACAAAGUUAGAAGAAUCGAUGCUGAUCGCUAUCCUUGAACGAGAUGAUCUUCAAUUGGAUGAAGUUGAUUUAUGGGAUUAUGUAAUUCAAUGGGGAAUAGAUCAUACUUUUUCAGCUGACCGAAUGCCAAUUGAUUAUCAAUGGUCUCAAAAUGAUCUUUUAGAUUUAGACGAAACCUUAAAAAAUUGCAUCCCCCUUCUUAGAUUUAAUUAUAUAAAAAGUAAAGAAUUACCAUUUAAAUUGAAACCUUUUGAUAUAUUAUUACCAAAACAUGACUCGGAAAAUAUAAAUUUAUGUGAAAAAAAUUAUAAUGAAGGUGAACUUCAUGUGAAGACGAACGAUAAACAAAACCUUAAUUAUUCCCCCAUAGAUUCAAAUAUUAUCAAAUUGAAACAUGCAUCGCUCAUAGCUCAUUGGAUAGAUAAUCAAGAUGACACGAACAUUCGUGUGAAUUCAACAAAGUUCUAUAAAGUUAAACAGGAACAUGCAAAUAUGGCUGUUUUUUGUGCUGAUAUACGCGGUCCUUGUUUCGGAUGUCGUGAUUUAUGGAUGUCUAAUUUUAACAAUUUGUCUAUCAAUUGUGAUAGCGAAGUCAAGUAUUACAGCGGUAAAAUUUUGGAAUCAAAGAAAUUUAGUGUCGAAGAUUAUGAAGUUUUUCAAGUUGUUAAAAAAAAUGAAUAA